AAAGUUAGAAACUCAAAGUUAGAACCUGUGGUUGAAGGAAAGGAAAAGCAAACGCUUGUUUAUGUUGAGAAAACCCUAAUUCAUAUACUUAACCCUUCAAUAGCCGUCAAAAUCAAGAGUAUCAAUCAAGCAAUAGAUGAUUGAAGAUGAAACAAAAGAGCUUGAGGGUAUACAUCCGGCAGGAACAACGGUUGGAGGAACGUGGAGGCAUUAGAUCUGAAGGAUGGGUUAGUUUCAAGAGUUAUGAGGAUACAUCAAGGGGUUUGACAAAGCUUGCUUGUGAAGGUGUUUAUGCUUUUCCUGUUGAAUACUGCAAUCAGAUGGCUGACUCCAGUGCUCAAGGGAACACCAAUCACCCUAAACAUGCUUUUCCCACUAACUACUGCAAUCAGAUAGCUGACUCCAGCGGUCAAGGAACCACCAAUCACCCUAAACAAAUGCAAGAUAAAAAAAAAACAAAAUCGAAAAAGAAGCCGAACAUAUUAUGCUAGUCAUAAGGAGCAAAUAGCUAUACGAAGGCAUUUGAGAAGAAAAGAACAAAACGAAACUAACCCUGUGAACGAAAAAUCUGCAAAUGUGACAAAUCCUCAAGCCCACCAAAAACUACAAGUACAAGAACAAUAUCAAACAAAGCAAACAAUGGGGUUGAAUGCUAAUGCUAGAUUCAUGACAGCAAUGAAAAGCUUUCGUAGGAAAAUAGAUGUGCUUUCUAACUUGGAAGUAUGUAACAUAUGCAAAGAGUCAUACCCAGUUAUGCUUUCACACUCAUCAUGUCAAACCCCCACCUGUAGGAGAUGCAUUAAUGAAAAGGGCGCACACCGGUUCUCACUACACAAUAACAUGGACCCAAGGGAUCAACCUAUUAUGCUGAAGAUAUUGACGCAAGUAGAAGAAAUGCUCAUUGCUAGAGUGAACCUGAUAUUACAGGUUACCCAUACUAUUGGAGGCCAAUAUAAAUACAGUGGCCAUACAAUUAGCUUCCCACAAGACAUACAGAACAUUGCAACUGUGCUCUUACAUAAAUUGGAAGACAUAGAUGUCCUUAUAGUUCGCAGACCCUAGGCUCAAGGAAACUACUAUGAUUGUUAAGUAAGUAGGGGUCAUGUUAUGGAUGCAUUGCAAUACAAAGUGAAAUAUGACCCACACUAUAAAGAUGUGUCAAUAGAUUAUAACAAUCUAAACCAAAUCCCCGAGGAAAGAACAGACGUAUCAAGCAUGCUUCACACCAUUGAAGCAAACAAUAAUGUAAUGGUAACAAACAGUGAAGAUGUUGAUGAAGACCAAGUUGAGGGUACGGUAACCAAUUCGUCAUCAUUUAUAUUCCACCUACCGAACGAACACCGUGAACUACAGAUAAUUAAGAAAACACUAGAGCUAGAGGACACCACAGAUAACAUCGUUGAUUGGCCAGAAAUAGGCUUAACCCCAAUUAAUGAAUAUAAUACUGAGGGCCUACUGGAUAUGGCAUUUCCAACACUCUUCCCAAAUGGAAUUGGAUUACAAAUACAACCAAGAACUAGGGAAAUAAAGAUGCACGAAUAUGUACUACACUUGAUGCGAUUCCAUGAUCAAAGAUUUGGACAACAUCCAAGAUUCCGAUACUACAUCUAUAACCUUAUGAUGCGUCAUCGGAGCCAAUCGCUCGCAACAGUUUUCAUGAAAAAAAAUGCAGAAGAGCACUUACCAACCACUAUUGAGAGUUUACGCACACACCAGAAAGAACUCCCUGACUCACAACUAGUUGCGGAAUUACUGCACUUUGGCUUUACCAUGAGAGGAACCAAACCAUAUUGGAACAAGUGUCGUUUAGAAUUAACAAACAUGAUAAACCAAAUAGGAUCUCCCGCCCUCUUCUUCACACUAAGCGCAGCCAAUACAAAGUGGCCAGGCCUCCAACAACUCCUCACAAAUAAUAUGGAGCUUUCCAUGCGUUCAAAUAAGCACCGUCUUGAAAAUGUUAUUAAUAACCCGCAUAUAACAUCAUUAUACCUACAGCAAAGAUUCACCAUAUUCCGUGAAGAAGUUAUUGAGAAACUCCUUGGUGUGACAGAUAUGAAUGGCAACACCGAGGAACCGCACACGUUCAUGGGUUCCUGUGGUUCCAAGAUGCGCCAGACAUGGACAACCUAGAUUGGGAAAAUAACGAAGAUGUUGAUAAAGCAAUUUUUUUUUGUGAUAAGUACGUAAGCGCUUGGAACUGUAGUGUAGCAACACAUAGGAACAACCAGAUAUACCGAUCUUCACGUGACGAUCCAUGCCUCCUAAACACAAUAGACAUAUUAGCCACAAAUCCAUUGGAUGAUUAUGAAGAGUUAGUGAAUAGUGUGCAAAGACACACAAAAUGCAGAGAGAGCACAUGCUUACGAAAGAAGGGUAGAAAACUAGAAUACCGAUAUAAAGCUCCAUGGAAAGAACAACGUAUUUCUAUCUUAUUAUGUGAUGAAACGGGCACAAAGAAAUAUGAACCUGCAAGAAACGAUGAUAGACUCAACAUCCACAACCCAGAAAUGAUUUCAAUAUGGAGAGCUAAUAUUGAUUGCCAACCUGUCAUAUCACGCGAACUUGUAUUGAAAUACAUUGCCAAAUAUGCAUCAAAAGCAGAGAGAACAUCUGAAAGCUGUACUGCUAUGCUAGAAAGAAUAUCCACAACUCAAAAAAGAGAUGACCCAGCAGUAGUAGCAUAUUGAAGAUUCAUGACAGAGAUUGCAGCAGAAUGUGACAUUGGUGCGCAAGAAACUUGCCAUAUGCUGCAAAAAUUACCCCUUGUUGUUUGUAACAAACCAUUUACAACUUUAAAUGUUGGACGGAAAGUGCUACACCGAUUAACUAAAACACAAAAUGAGACUAUCAUAGAAAACAGUUACUUACUUUCCUAUAUGGGCCACCUUCCAGAGCUAGAGACAAUCACAUUACUCGAAUUUGCAAGAUCUUACACCUACAUUCCAAGUCGUAAAUCAUGCAAAUGGAAAGAGAGAACAAUACAAGCCAUUGUUAACGUUUACCCAAAAUUCCACAGUAUACCCAACGAAGAGUCAGAACAUUUUGAAACAUUUUGCUGGAGUGAAUUACUCCUAUAUAAACACUUUUGAAAUAUUACGAUUGAUAUAGGAGUUACCAAGGACACAAUAAUCACCAAUUGGCAUCAAAUGCAUGUAAACAAAUAUGAUGUAUGGCAUAUCAUCCGACACAUCGAAGAAAAUGCUAGCCCCUAAGAAGAUGAAAACAGCGAAGAUGAAAGGAAUAUAACUAUCACAUCAGAGAUGAAUGAGUGGGAACUACUUUCAAGAAUGAGGCAUACAGUCAACAACAAUUUGGACGAACUUGAAUUACUAGGCCAACGUGAAUUUGACACCAACUAUAAUUGGGCUGAAAGCAAAAUACCACAUGAAUUGCACGAUACUGCAUCACAAUUUACAAAUAUAAAGAAAAUAGCCACCCAAGACGAAUAUGUACCAACAAGAAAGUAUACACCCACCAACACCCUAUCAACAGAACAAAAGAAAGCACUUUUGGUAGUCUCAAAUCAUAACACUAGUGUGUUCAACAAACCAUUACACAUGAUCAUACAAGGAAACCAUUACACAUGAUCAUACAAGGAACUGCGGGUACAGGAAAAUCAUACUUGAUCGGUUGUAUAAAAAAUAUGUUACACGAAAAUUCACCACAACAAAAAAACCCAAUACUCGUACUAGCUCCUAUUGGAAUUGCUGCAUUUAACAUUCAUGCGACAACUAUUCAUUCAACACUACGAAUCCUCAUCAAAGAAAUGCAACCACUACAUGGCCAAGCACUAACAAUGUUCCAAGAAAAGUUGAAGGACAUAAGAUAUAUACUCAUUGAUGAGAUGAGCUUUAUAGGUCCGAAACUAUUGUUGAAAAUAGAUAGCCGACUCCGCGAAGCUUUCCCUCAUCAUAAACAUUCAUACUUUGGAGGCGUAUCUAUGAUUUUCAUUGGAGACUUUGCCCAACUGCCACCUGUAAUGGAUAAAUCAAUAUACACAUCGCAUUCAAAUGCCAUAACACUUUGGAACCAAUUCACAACAAUUAUCACCCUAAAAACGAUGUUUCGGCAACAGGGGGAAAUCUCUAGAGCAAUCACAAUUCCGCCAAACACUACUAAACAUAUGUAGUGCACACCCGACCCAAGAAGAGUGGCAGAGUUUGAUGACACGAUCAAAAGACCAACUAGCGCCAGCUGUGAAUAAGCAAUUUGAUACUGCAGUCCGCCUCUUUGCUACUAAUGAUAUGGUAACCCUUCACAAUAAACGAAUGCUAAAGGAAUUAAAUCAUCCAAUUGCAAUAAGUAGAGCUACAACAACUACAAGCAAGACAGCUAUUGACGUUGACAAUGAACAACUUGAAAAGCAAGUCUUACCGUCACCAAGCUAGCGAAUCAUGCUCACAACUAACAUAUGGACACAAACGGGACUUGUCAAUGGAGCUCUUGGUGAGAUAAUUGAAAUAAUUUAUAGCUUUGAUUCCAAGCCACCUGACAUACCAAUGUAUAUCAUGGUCAAAUUUGAUAACUAUAGUGGUCCCCAGUGGCACCCAAAUGACCCCAAACUUGUACCCAUAACACCAGUAUCACUAGGCAACCUUAGGCAACUACCAAUAAAAAUGGCAUGGGCUAUGACCAUACAUAAAGCUCAAGGUUUAACACUACAGAAGGCAACCAUCAAUAUCGGUGCAAUAGAAAGACAAGGUCUAACAUUUACUGCAGUCUCCAGAGUGAAAUCCUUAGAAGACCUCUGGAUUAACCAAGCAUUCUCCUACGAGCAGUAUGCAAAAAUGGAAAGCAAUCUAUACACGGUACUAAAGAAAAAGGAAGAAGCUCGACUGCAACAACUGUCUAGAUAAAAAAAAGGGUUUGUUUAUCUUGCAGGUGUCAUUGGUUUUGGUCAAUAAAAUCUUCAUUCAAAUAUUUGCAUUCAUCAAUGUACAACUUUUCGACAGUGUGCUGGUUCAACUUGAAAUAAACACAUGCAUAUCAGACAAGCAGUGGGAUUUUUGGAAAGCAACAAGUGAUAAAUGUUUCUGGUCCGCUGUUAAUUAGAUUGGCUUGCAUUUAAACUUUUUGGCUACUGUUUCUCCAGCUGCCUCUUUCAUUGGAAUUUUUAGGGCAAAGCUUCCAGAAUGCUAUAUAGUUUGGGGAUAUUCUCAGAGUGGCUAAUAUUCCCUGUGUAAAUUGGUAUGUCACUCACCCCUGAUUUCAGGAAUGUGCUCUACUUUGUGCUCGCUUCUCAAGCAUCUGAUAGUAAUGGGGUUCGAGACUAAAGGUAUUCAUUUAUAAUGCAACUGAUGGAGUAACAGAGAGGUUAACGAAUAAAGUGAAAGACUGGACAAUAUUCAAAGUCAAUAAUCCACACUCGAUGUAAAACCCCUGUGCACAUAAUUUCUACUCCAUGCUUGGAGCUUUUGUAAUAUGUAAUUCUUAGUUGGAUAGCUUCUCCUCCUAUGUGUACUUAAAAAAAAAAAUUCUUCUUUUGCAGUUUUCAUUCAAUCAUUGAACUAAAGGUUCAACUUGUAUCUGAAGCCUGUCUUCAUCCUAAAAUGACCAAUUUUCUUUUCCAAGCGGUUUAGUUUUAUUUAAUAGAACUUAUCUUUGGUA